UUGUUCAGUUUGAGUCCAGCACGCGCAGCGUCAACGAGCGGAUCUCUUUCGGAAUAUUUUUCGGAGUGCCUUGCCGAGUCUACGGGCCGAUCACACGGGCACAAUUAUUUCGCACCUCAAAAUGUGGCAUAUUGAGCAUAUGGAAAUUAAUUGUUGCGUAAACAUUACCUGAACAUUUCAUAAACCUUCUGGCGGAAACAAAAUUAUGUGAGCCAAACGAUUCGCUUUGGCAGUUGUGAGAGCGCAAUUCUUCAAUAGAAGAAGUGAAAAGUUUUCGAUUUUUUUGUGAAUUCUUUUUUUUUGUGAUUUCUGGAAAAUUUGUUUGAAUUUGAAGUGGAUUAUCUCACGAACCCGAAAAUGGACGACGAGAGCGACGACAAGGAUGAUACGAAAAGAAAAUCGCGCAACCUGAGCGAGAAAAAGCGCCGGGAUCAGUUUAAUUCGCUGGUGAAUGAUCUGAGCGCCCUGAUAUCCACCUCCAGUCGCAAAAUGGACAAGUCCACGGUUCUUAAAUCCACAAUAGCCUUUCUCAAGAAUCACAAUGAGGCUGCGGACAGGUCAAAAGUUUUCGAAAUCCAACAAGACUGGAAGCCCGCCUUCCUGAGCAACGAUGAGUUCACCCAUUUGAUGCUGGAGUCCCUAGAUGGCUUCAUGAUGGUCUUCAGCAGUAUGGGUUCCAUUUUUUAUGCCUCGGAAAGUAUUACCUCCCAGCUGGGUUACCUGCCGCAAGACCUGUACAAAAUGACCAUCUACGACCUGGCAUAUGAGAUGGACCACGAGGCGCUUCUGAAUAUAUUCCAGAAUCCCGCUCCGGUGAUCGAGGCGAGACAGACGGACAUCGGAGCCAACAACCAGAUCACCUUCUACACGCACUUGAGACGAGGUGGCCUGGAGAAGGUGGACUCCAAUGCCUACGAGCUGGUCAAGUUUGUGGGUUACUUUCGUAACGAUGCCAAUACCAAUGCAGGAUCCAGCGGAGACAGUCAGAGUGGCGGGUCUGGAGGAAAUGGCCAGCCGGCUGUGCUGCCAAGGAUUUUCCAGCAGAACCCCAAUGUCGAGGUAGACAAGAAACUGGUGUUUGUAGGUACAGGGCGGGUCCAGAACCCUCAGCUGAUCCGGGAAAUGAGCAUCAUCGACCCGACGAGCAACGAGUUCACCUCGAAGCACAGCAUGGAGUGGAAGUUCCUAUUCCUGGAUCAUAGAGCGCCUCCCAUCAUAGGAUACAUGCCGUUCGAGGUGCUGGGCACCUCCGGGUACGAUUACUAUCAUUUUGAUGAUCUGGACAGUAUUGUGGCAUGCCACGAGGAGUUGCGGCAGAAUGGCGAAGGGAAAUCCUGCUACUACCGCUUUCUCACCAAAGGCCAGCAGUGGAUCUGGCUGCAGACGGCCUACUAUGUGACCUACCAUACCUUCAACUCGAAGCCGGAGCACGUGGUCUGCACCCACAAGGUGGUCAGCUAUGCGGAGGUCCUCAAGGAGAGCCAGAAGGAGCGCAAGGCGAUCACCUCCACCGGGAACAGCAGUAGCAAGCCCGCCUCGGCGACCACCACCCUCCGCGACUUUGAGCUGGGCAACCAGAAUCUGGACAGCACGUUGCUGGGCAACAGCUUGGCCAAUCUGGGCAACGAAGCAGCCGCCACAUCGCCCACCAUCGACUCGUCACCCAUGUGGUCGGCAUCGGUGGCCCAGGCCUCGGGCUCCUGCCAAAUCAAUCCCCUGAAAACAUCCCGUCCGGCCUCCAGUUACGGGAACAUCAGUUCCACGGGCAUUUCCCCAACAGCCAAGCGGAAGAAUUGCUACAGCAGUCGGGGAAAUGAGUCGGACUCCACCUCAAUUUCAGCGGAUUCGGUCACCAGCAGGCAGUCCAUGAGGACGCAUGUGAGCUCGCAAAGCCAUCGGCAGCGAUCGCAUCACCGGGACCAUCAUCACAGCCAGCAACACCACCACCACCAGCAGCUACAAAACCAUCAGCAACACCAGCUCCAGCAGCAACACCAGCAGCAGCAACAGCAGCAGCACCAGCACCAGUUGCAACAGCACCUGCAACAGAAUGUGGCUGGACCCAAGAUAGUGCCCAUUCUGCCGAUUGCUCCGGGCUCGUUGAUGGCCAACAAUGCCUGCCAGUUUCCCCAACAGGCCUAUCCCCUGUCCAGCCCGCAGCUGGUGACGCCUGGAACGUUUCUGGAACCGCCGCAAUACCUCACCGCCAUACCCAUGCAACCGGUUAUCGCUCCGUUUUCGGUAGCACCUGUGUUGUCACCGCUGCCGGUGCAGGGACAGUCCGGGGAUCUGCUAUCGGGAACGGUGGUAAUGACACCCACCCAGAGCCAGCUGCAGGACCAACUGCAACGCAAGCACGACGAGCUGCAGAAGCUCAUAAUGCAGCAGCAGGACGAGCUGAGGAUUGUGUCGGAGCAGUUGCUCUUGGCCCGAUACACCUACCUGCCAAUGCCAAUGGGAUUUACGGCCGGCAACAUGGCUGCUACGGCCAUGGGCAGCAUGGUGGGGGGUGGUGGCCAGAGGGGGCUAAACUUCUCAGGCAGCAAUGCUGUCCAGCCGCAGUUCAAUCAGUAUGGAUUCGCACUGAACUCCGAGCAGAUGCUCAACCAGCAGGAUCAGCAGAUGAUGAUGCAACAGCAGCAGAACCUGCAUAACCAGCAGCAGAAUAAUCUGCAGCAGCAGCAUCAGAGUCAGGCCCAACUGCAGCAGCAUCACCAGCAGCAGAAUCAGCAACAAAAUCAGCAACAACAGCAGCAGCAGCAUCAGCAACAGCAGCAACAUCAGCAACAGACAAUGCCGUUGCCACCAAACGAUAUAUUAUCCCGCGAAGAUAUAGAGGAGAUAGAUGCCUUGUUCAAUAUGUCGCCGUUGCCUUCACUGGGAUCUCAGCUCAACACCAGUGGCAACAACAACAAUCAGAGCUACAACGGUGGCAGCAAUCAGAAUGGCAACCAGAACAACAACAACAAUGGCAACUCGAAUGCCCCUCAAAAUACGAACGAGGAUUCGUUGCUGUCCUACAUGCAGAUGGCCACGGAGUCGAGUCCUUCGCUGAACUUCCACAUGGGCAUCAGUGACGAAGGCUCGGAGACUCACAGCGAAGACAACAAGCUGAUGCACAGCAACAACAGCAAUCAGAUGCAGCAGCAACACCAGCAACAAAUGAUGCAGCAACAGCAGCAGCACCAGCAACAGCAGCAACAACAACAGCAGCAGCAGUCCAACAACUUCUUCAGCUCCAAUCACUUUCUCAACAACAGUCAGAAUCAGAACCAAAAUCAGUUGCCGAACGAUUUGGAGAUAUUGCCAUACCAGAUGUCCCAGGAGCAGUCGCAGAAUCUGUUCAACUCACCUCACACAGCACCCGGCAGCAGUCAGUAGAUCCAGGUCCCUGGUGUACAUAACUCUCUGUAGGCUAUAAGAUUCUUAAGAUUGUUAGGUUAUCCACCUCCCCACACCCAGUACUCCCCUAUAUCUACUUGCGUAUUAUAACUCUAGACCUUAGACAAGUUUGGCCUCUGGCUCUCUUUAUCGAACCUCCUCUAUUGGAAACCCAGAACUAGUUGUAGAUCUCAACAGACUGAGUAUUGUUCUAUCUCCGAAGUGCAUGAUCGUGUAAAUAUUUAUGUAUAUGUAUGUAUAUCCCUAUCGAUAGUAAAGUUCUCAAAUUAAUCCAAUCUAAGUAGGUAAGCUGAUUGAAAUGUAGUUUUAGGAAGAGCCCAUCGUUUCCGUAGGUUAGCCUUAUUAUCCAGUAAGUGCCAUCGUGGCACAACAGGGAUCUCUGAUAUGUAAUCGAACCUUAAAGCCUAUGCCUAAGUUAUUUUACCCAACUAACUAACUUACUAACAAAACAUGAGCCAAGCUAAUCCAAUUCCAUAUUAUUUUCAAGACUGGGCUUUGCCACCGAGGUCAUACAAAUAUUCCGUAUAUGUUAGGUAAUUGAAUAAGCUAAUGUUUAAAUCAAAACUCAGGUUGAGAUUGCAACUGACAUUUAUUUUGCUGUGAGCAUAUUCCCAUAAGUUCUCCGCUGGCCCCCUCCCCAUUAGGCCGACAUCUCUAGUUUGUUUGUGUUUUUUUUUUGUGCCCAGAUAACCCCAAGAGUCCCUUGUAUUACGAUAUUGCUGUUGGAGGGGCGCCCUCGUUCGAUUCGAAUAUGUUUCGAUCCUCAGCUGAUAAAGAGCCAAAUGCUUUAAACUUAUUACCUAAAAUAUCUUAAACUCAACUACAAAACUACCUUAAUAUCGAUAGUUAGGCCUUAAGAUUGUACAUACCUAUAGGACAAGUCGGGAGCACUUGCUUAAGAAUGUAAAUAGGCGCGUAGAACCAUUUUGUACAUAACUAGAUGUUUCUAUAUAAUUUCCAAGAACACACACUCCCUCAAAACAAGCAAGCUAAUCAAAUCAAAAUCUUUAUCAACCAAAUACAGAAUCGUAAUAAAAGAAACGAAAUCAGUUACAAAGACGACUAA